AUGGCAAUCACUCGUUCAGCAAGGAGGCGGAACUGGGGUGAGAUGCCGCAUGAUUUGCUGGUGAAGAUCUUCGCGCUGCUUAAUUUUCUGGAGAGAAUGACGAUUGCCGCCGGCGUGUGCAGCUCCUGGCGCGCAGCGGCUGCAGACGAUCCGUCCCUCACCAAGAAAAUGAUAGACGUCGCAUUGUUCCGGGAAAAUGCGGCCCCAGAGUUGACGCACACGAGAGCUCAACAACAAAUAGAUCUCGCGUUUGCCCGUGCCAUAAAUCUCACCGGUUCCCAGUUACUUUCGUUGGUGUUUGAUCCCUUAAGUGACAUUAGGGACAAGCAUUUGAAACAUGCCGCUCAUAGGUGCCCUAAAUUGGAGCAGCUGGUAUUGCCAUUCCCGAAUGCCAUCAAAAAAGCAAGUCUGAAUAAGAGUUUUCAAUCUUGGCCAAACCUGCGCUCACUUAGCAUCCCUUUUAAUGGUUUCCUGGAAACCACUAGCCUGUACAAGUUGGCGGGUUCGUGUUUCCGGGACUUGGUCGUGCUCAAAGUUUCAACCUACAUUUUCCCAAAACACCAUUUCAAGGCCAUAGCUAAGUUCAUCCCUAAUUUGGAGAUAUUACAUCUGCAGUGUCACGUUGUGGAGACCAACUUUAUAGUACAACAAUUGUCAGCCAUGCCGGAGCUUAAGCACGUCUACAUUUCAUGCUUGGAGUUUCAACACUCCACGGCCAAGAGGGACAUUCGGGACCUUGGAUCCUCCAUUAAUGGUGCUCGCAACCGCAACAAACUCCCCAGCCUUCAACUCUUUCAUCAUUGCAACUGGAAUGAAACCGAGUGUGAGGUUCCUCAAUGCAACCUUUGGAUCUAG